AUGGAUCCCGAUGACACCGGACCUCCGGUGACAACUCUUUCGGCCACGAUUACUGAUGAUCUUGGAAGCUUACUACAAAACAUUGCCCUUUCUGAAUCGGAAGGUAACAUUAUUUCUCUUCGUGAUGAUUAUAUCAAGAUUAGCGUUGUCGAGUGUAAAAGAAGUUUAUUCGGGAAAGUCAUUGGAGAUAGGAGGGCAGGUCUUAUUGGCGUUCGCCAGACAAUGGGUGCAAUAUGGCAAAUUCAAGGCCAGUUGGAGGUUAAAGAGCUGAAGACUAAUUACUUCCAAUUCAUCUUUGGGAGUAUGGAGGAUAAGCUUAAAGUGCUCAAAGGAACUCACUGGUUCUUCAAAAAUCAAUACCUAGUUUUGGCGGAAUGGGAGGAAGGAAAGACUGAAAAUCAUCGCCGAUUCUCUGAACUUCAGCUUUGGGUCCAGGUGAGCAAUAUUCCUAUCAAUUGGCUAUGUACUGAGGUUGGUUUAAAAGUGGGGACAUCUUUUUUGAAAGUUAAAAACAUGACGGUGGUGAAAGCUGGGGGCAGCAGAGGGAGUUUCUUAAUAUUACUUGCAGUUAUUGAUGCCUCCAAGCCAUUGCCUCGGGUAGCUCAUCUUAAGCUCCAUAAUACUCGGGUUAUGGCUAUUUUCCAGUAUGAGAAGCUUGUCAACGUUUGUUUUUACUGUGGUAUCAUUGGUAACCUUGAGCGAGGAUGCAAGAAAAAGAUGGAGGAUAUUGCUAAUAGAUCACUCAAGGAAGGACAAUACGGCGAAUGGUUGCGAGCAGUAGAUGGCCCUUAUGGAUAUAAAUCUUCUUCAACUUCAAAUCCGGAUAGUGCAUCACCUGAGGACAAUACUCACAAUCAUGAUACAUCUCAUGCUCAAAAUGAAGUAGGCACUGGCUUCAAGUCUGCAAGUAGUGGAGUGCAAGCUGAGAUUGCUCAGGAGAUGGAGCAAGGGGAGAAUGGGGAAUUAGAUUUAGCUAUGGAGGUAGAAACUAUGACUCACAUUCCAGCACUUUCUAAUCAAUCCGAAGGAGGGUGCAUAGGGAAGGACAAAUUCAAGCAGCAUUUCAGAGUGGUGGUCAGACAAGACAGAAAUAUUAUCAUUUGGAAUGACCCCUGGCUACCUGGGAGAGAGGAUAGUCUGCCUACCAAAACCUCAGUGGGAAUGAGCAGAGUUACUUGGGUUUCUAAGCUCUUGCAAGAUGAUGGGAAAAGUUGGAAUAGGGAUCUUCUGGAGGAUUGUUUUCAGCAACAAGAUGUGGAGGAAAUUCUGAAGAUUGGAUCUUUAGAUCCUCUAUUGCAUGAUAAAUGGAUUUGGAUGUUGGACUCUAAAGCCCUUCUCAAAUCCUUAUUCAUAGAGCAAGCUAAGAACAUCCCAACCAGCGUAACUGAGAAAUUGAGAUAUUUGGAGAAGGUUGGCCUCAAAAGAUUGAACAAAGCUCUCGAGCUCGUGCAGACCCUCGACAACGGCUUCUAA